AUGCCAAUAAAGUUUCAAGAACAUCUCCAGCUGGCUAGUCUGGGUAUUCAACCGAACAACAUCGGGUUCAGCACCCUCACUAUGGAAUCUGACAAAUUUAUCUGCAUACGGGAGAAAACCGGUGAUACAUCACAAGUUGUCAUAAUAGACAUGAAUGACCCUAUGAAUCCUACUCGUCGCCCAAUAACGGCAGAUUCCAUUAUAAUGAAUCCGGUCAGCAAAGUAAUGGCUCUAAAGGCUGGAAAGGUCCUCCAAAUUUUCAACAUUGAGCUCAAGAGCAAGAUGAAAUACCACACCAUGACUGAAGAGGUAGUAUUUUGGAAGUGGAUAUCUGUCAACACCAUUGCGCUGGUCACUCCUACUGCCGUGUAUCAUUGGCCGAUGGAUGGAGAGUCCAGUCCUGUGAAAAUGUUCGAACGUCACUCCUCACUCGGCCCAACUUGCCAGAUUAUCAACUACCGGUGUGAUGCUACCCAGAAAUGGUUGUUGCUCAUAGGGAUUUCAGCACAGGAUAAACGUGUAGUUGGAUCUAUGCAACUUUACAGUGUUGACAGAAAAGUAAGUCAACCCAUCGAAGGCCACGCGGCAGCUUUUGCGAACUAUACCCCUGAAGGCAGCACAACACCCACGACCUUGUUCUGCUUUGCUGCUCGAAAUGCUCAGGGCUGCAAAUUACACAUUAUAGAUGUUGGCCAGCCGGCUGCAGGUGGACAACCGUUGCCGAAAAAAGCUAUUGAUGUGUACUUCCCUCCCGAGGCCCAGAAUGAUUUCCCGGUUGCCAUGCAAACAUCCGCAAAGUACGAUGUUGUUUACCUAAUCACGAAAAACGGUUACCUCCACGUUUAUGAUCUCGAAAGUGGCACGUGCAUCUAUAUGAACCGCAUUAGCAGUGAGACCAUAUUUGUAACCGCUCCUCACGAGUCCUCCGGUGGAAUUAUUGGUGUAAAUAGAAAAGGACAGGUUCUUUCGGUGACGAUUGAUGAAGAUACUGUUGUUAACUAUAUUACUACAACACUGGAUAAUUCCGCCUUGGCUUUGCGUAUGGCGGCGAGAUGUAACCUGCCUGGGGCAGAAGAUUUGUUCGUCCGCAAGUUCGAGGCGCUUUUCCAAGCCGGUCAGUACAACGAGGCUGCAAAGGUAGCUGCAAAUGCACCCAAAGGCAUCUUGCGUACCCCACAAACUAUCCAGCGAUUCCAACAGGUGGCGACGACUCCUGGCCAAACCUCAGCUCUGCUGCACUAUUUUGGCAUUCUGUUAGACCAGGGUCAGUUGAACAAAGUCGAGAGCUUGGAACUCUGUCGUCCAGUCUUGCAACAAGGGAGGAAGCAGCUACUUGAAAAAUGGCUGAAAGAGGACAAGUUGGAGUGUUCUGAAGAGCUCGGGGAUCUGGUCAAACAGGUAGGUAACAUUUUUCUGCCUUUUUACCCGGUCAUUAC